UCCGUUCAUUUGAAAAAUGGGUCAAAAUGAAAAAGGCGGCAUAAUCAAAAGAGCAAAAUAAGAAUAAUUCUUUGAGGAUUUCACCACAUGUCAUAACUAUGGGAAAACCGAAAAAGAAGAAAGAAUUCUUUGUUAAUCCUUUGAAGAACAAAAACAUAGGAUGGAGAUCAGGAAAGGACCUUCUCGCUGGAAAAGUCAUCCGAGUCAAUGAACAAGGAUUUGAAAACUUGGAAGAUUACUAUUCAGAAUCAGAUGCAGAUUUUACACAAGAUUUGACAGUCAAUGUUUCUAGGGUAACCAGAAACUCUAAAGAGAACAAGUACAAUAAGUCCAUUGCUGAGAACCCUAAAACAGAAAAUGAAACUCAAAAUACGAGAAUUGAGUCCAACCAAACAAGGUCACUUGUAUCAAGUCAGUCUUCCAAUAUGUUUGCAUGGCUCAAGAACAAAAACAUUGGAAGGAGAACAGGGAAGGACGUUUUGGCAGGGAAGGUGAUCACUAAAAACCGUCAGGGUUUUGACAAUAUUGAGGACUACUUCUCAGAAUCCUCUGAUGCAGAGAGCAUGUUUAUGUCCAGAAGUCGUAUCAGUGUAGGUUUAGAUAACACUGAUGUUGUAGAGAGGUCAUACCAUCGCAGCUCUGUCAGUUGUGUACCUUCAGCAACAACUGAUGAUCCAGCCGCUAAUGACAGUGAAGACAGCUACCUUACUGAUGGGAGGACUCCAAAAGCCAAUGUAACCUCUCCCAUUCCUGGCUCAGAAGGAGAGGAGGACACUCCAACUAACAAAUUGCACGAUAGCCAUGUCCAGGCAAAACUCUCAGGUAGAAAAGAUCAACAAACAUUAUCUCAGCAGGAGGUCAAAGAUCAAAGUUCUGAAAACCAGGACUCGUCUUCUGAUGAUGAAGAGGUUCAGUUUAAUUUGAAAAGUACUGAAAAAACCUCAGAGAUUACAGGAACAUCUGACCAGACAGAGGUGACUGCUGGUGUAGAGGAGAUGUCGGAAGACACAGCUCUCACUGAAAAAUCAGAAGACACAGCUCUCACUGAAAAAUCAGAAGACACAGCUCUCACUGAAAAAUCAACAGCUUUCAAUACUGACGAGCUCACAACCAUCCCAACUGAAAAGUCGUCAAAAAGUUAUAUUAGCAAUACAAUAAACAUCGGAGGAAAUGUGACAGGCUCCCUAACGAAGUCUGACGACCCAAGUCUGGAUUCAACAGGACCAAUCACCAGCUUCAAAACACGUAAAAAAUUGUCAUUCUCUGCCCUAGAGAAGAGCAUGAUGAUGAAGGAGAUACAGAAAAACAGAAGGAGUGCUAAUAAAGUGGCACCAGUGGUCAACAGUAACCCAUUCAACAAGUCUGUGGUCAAAUCAACAACAAGUUCUAUCAUUGAGGAUGUGGAGGACAGUAGUCAGCUCUCUGUUCCAGAGUCACUUGACCAACCAACUGACAUAUCUGUGGAAGAUGAGUUCAGGAUAGUGAGUGACGACUCUGUUUCAAAAACAACCAAAACAAAACAACAAUCCAAGGGAGCUGUGACAGGAAGGGAGAGAUCUCGGUCACAGAGGAGAAAGUCAAAUAAAAGGCAAGUAUCUGUAUCAAAAGAAGAAGCAAAGACCACUGAAGAUGAGAGUUUAGCAUCAGAGAAAGUGCAAACAGCAAAAUCAGUAGGAAAACACGUGUCACAAAUACAGGCAGUCAUAUCGCCUAAAGGUGGGGAGGAUAGGAUUGAAUCAAAUUCUCAAAAUACAGACAGAACAUUGAAGCGAAAAAGCUUGAAACGGAAAUCGGAUGGUGAUGUUUUCAUCCCAAAGAAUGAGCAAAUGGCAAAAUCGGUUGAAAAACAGAUUUCACGAAAAAAGUCAAUGGCCGCCACGAAAAGUGAUGAAGAAAAUAUUAAGAAUUCUCAGAAGUGCAGUAGAGCAUCAAAACAAAAAAACUUGAAACGGAAAUCAAAUGCCCUGGUUCCAACUAAAACAACUGAUAAUGAUACGAAUGAUGAAUGCAACGAAGGACAUGAAGAUUUGGUUGUAAAGCAAACAGAAGCUAAAAAGCAAAAAUCAACAUCUACCAAGAAGAGAGUGGUUUCUCAAGGAAAUGAAUCAAGAAAGGUAGAAUAUUCAUAUGAUUCUGACGAUAGCAGUGUAAUUAUUAAUGAAUAUGAAAAUGAAAUUGAAAAAAAAAUGAAAUCUAAGAGAUCGAAAGCAAUUAAGUCCAAUAAGUCCAAUGUAAAGUCGGGGAAACGUAUUAAAUCUGAAGGUGACCAGAAUUCAGAAUUAAACAGAAAUAAUUUGAAAAAGCGAAGAACAUUUGUAUUAGGUGAUUACGACUCAGAAACAAGUGAAACUCCUGAAAGCAGCCACAUGGACGGUAUGAAGAAAAAAUUGCCAAGUAAGGGUGAUUCAAAUGAUAGAGUGUCUAAUAUAUCCAAGGUCACAGACACAGGAAAAGUAACUACUAAAGGGCGACGGACAAAUACAGUUUCUCUUGUGAAAGAUCAAGGUGAAACUUCUCAAAGUAUGGUUUUAAAAAAUGAUGGGAAUAUUUCUGACAAUGUUUUUGGUGAUGAUUCGAAUAAAAAGGAAGAUGUCAUCAAAAAGCCACUUAAAAGGAUAGGAAGGAACAGUAGGAAAUCUUGUCCUGAAAGUAGAUCUAGCCCCUCCCACCCACCAAGUGUUUCAGGUGACAACAGGUCUGAUAAAAAGGAACAGCAAAACAGUAGAAAAUCUUGUCCAGGAGCUAGAUCUACCUCAUCUCUCCAACCAAACAAAAGGGACAACAUCAGUGUUGGUAAACCCAACAGGAAGAACAGCACAAAAUCUAGUACUGAAAGUAGAUCUUCUUCAACUCCCAUACCAAACAACAGAGACACCAGUAUUGUUGGUAAAACAAAGAGGAAGAACAGCACAAUAUCUCAUCCUGAGUCAGUACCUUCUCCAACUCCUCUUGAUGAUGAGGGUAGCAUCAUGGACCCCGACAAAUUACAAGAGCAUGAUGAGAUGUUACCUGCUGAGGACCUGACAGUUAAUGACUUACCUGGUGACAAUUCACCUGACGACAGUAUACCAGAGGAACAGGAAGAAGUUCAGGAAGCCCGUAGACCGAGAAGAGCGGUGGCAGCCAAAAGUAAACCAGAGAAGAAAACGAAAGGGAGACUUUUAUUAAAACAGACUCUGUCAAAGGAAAAAAUUAAGAAAGGAGUCGCUGGGAAAACAAAUGUGUUAAAAACUGGAAAAGGGGAGCCAAAGAAAGCUACCAAAGCAAAGGGUAAAAUCAAGGAAAAACAGGUGGUGGCACGUAAAACAAGAGUGUCAAAAUCUAAAGUUUCUGAAGCAAAGGGCAAAAGAGGGCAGAAAGUGAGCAUUGGGUUUGUGGAGGAAGAUUCUUUGGUUAAUACUCCAAGAGUCUUGCACAAUUCUCCUACUGCUUCAACGACAACAGCAAAGACAUCAGUUUAUAUCAACCAGAAAAACAACUCGCACUUAGAUGUGUCGGAAGAACAGGUAGUUGAUAACCUGGACGUUGAUGUCAAUGUUUCAGCUGUAAAGUCAUCAAGGAAAGACAAAUUACCAGCAAGGGACAGCAGUUCUUCAAAUAGAAAACCCAACAAACAAAAAGGUGGAAAAGGAAGUAAAGGUGCAAGUAAUAAAGAAAGUUUUAGAGAUGAUGAAAAGGAGGUUAGUGCUGUUGUAGAUUCUGACCCAGUGCCUGUUAAUGAUGAUAUGCCUAUGCUGUCACAUUCUAAUCUUCGCAGGAGCCAGCUAGCUCGCACUAUGCAAUCACCUCAAGGUUCUUGUACACCGUUUUCUGCAACACCAGGAUCAGAAUUCACUCUAACUAGAAGAGAAGAAAUGCUUCGAAGUGGUGUGUCGUUUCGUCAUCAGAAGAUGGCGCAGUCAGGAAAGAAAUCAACAUCACGAAAUAGUAGCAGAACAUCAGGUAAAGGAGAUACUGAGGUGUGCAGUGAAAAUGACUUUGAUGCUGGGCAUGAUAAAGAUGAUAAAGUAGAUUAUGAAGAUGAUGAUGGUGGUGGUGGUGAUGAUGUUGAUGAUGAUGAUAGUGAUGAUGAUGGAAAUGAUCUUCCCCAAGAUAUGAUGGAUGAUGUUUCAUUGGAUGUACAAGAGUCUUCUGUUGGUCAACAAAACACUUCUACCAAGGGACAGCUAUCAGGAACAAAGUCGAGACUGUCGUUAGCAUCAGCUGUCGUAUCAAAAUCUUGUCCUUCACCAGCAAAUUUGACUCCAUGCCUAGUGACCCCUGGUCGGAAGAGUUUGAGUAAAGGUCGUCGAGUCACCAUCAGCCACCAAGUCACAGAGGCUGUGUACGAUGUACCAUCUGAUUUGUCAUCCUCCGACUCGCCGGUAUCCUCCAAGACUAGUCAACGCUCCAGUAUUCCAGGUGGGGACAUGACGACAUACAUCUCCAUGUCGUCCACACCUAUACAUGUGUGUGAGCGGACUACAACAGAGACACCAAAGCCUUUCCAGAAGCCAGAGAAAUGCAAGAUCAUAAUACCAGAUCCAUCGCCCCCUAACGGUCUGAGGAGGUCACACAGGACUCGGGUUCAGACUUUGGAAUGGUACAAGAACGAACGAGUUGAUUACCAGUACAGGAAGUCAGGAGGAUUUGUUGUUGCUGGAAUCAUUCCAUCACAAGAAGCUAAAAUCUUAGAAAAAGAGCAGCAGAGGAGAACAGCUUUGAAGAAAGCUAGAAGUAAACAUAAAAAGAGGAGAAAUAAUGGUGAGUCACCUCCAAGGAAUCUAUCCAUGCAUACAGAGAUUCCAUCAGAUAUGAACCUGACGGUAUCGGAUGAAAUUCCUGUGGUCAAUCCAGAAACAGAUGAAGAAGUUUAUGUAGAGUGUUUUGCCAGUAAAGACAGUGGUGUAUUUGUGGGUCCAUCUGGUAAACCACCUACACCUGAAGACCCGUUUGUAAUGUCUCGAACCCUAGACCAGAAGGGGUUCGGUACUGGGGUGUUACUACUACGCCCCUUGCAGGAGAAGACAAUUCAGAUGGUUAGCCGAGGCACUCUGAUUUUCCUGUUAGAGCGAGGUGCCGUUACACUAACCAUACACAGAGCUUCUGUCGUCAUGGAGGCUGGCGACUCUGCCUUUGUUCCCAGAGGGAACACAUACAGCAUGAAAAAUCUACGCUCAGAAGAGGCAAAAUUUUCCUACACAGUUUUGAAGGAAGCGUGAUAAUACCAUGUGGAAACCUUAAACUUUGACCAUACAAUACACUUUGAUGACAUCGUACAUAAAACAGAUUCCCACGUGUGUUAUUCAGGCUCAAGUCCCAUCAUAUUAUUUUCUGAAAAAUCUAUCAGAAUCAAUCCCCUGUGUGAAGUAUAUGACAUCAAAAGGUUCUGGUUUGAUUAGUGUAGGAAUCAUUAUAACUGUUUUACAGGAGGAUUGCUUGGAAGGAUUUACCUGAACUUGUUUAUAGUCGAUGAGGCUAUACAUGUCAACAUAGACAGGAAGGCGACAACUCUUACACAAAAGAUGAUCGAUAAAGAUGAUGGCUUAAAUCCGAACUUUCAAUGUUUUGUAUUCUUCUUUUUUCUUCUUUGUUACCCCUCCCCCAAUUAGGUAAUCAUGAGUUAUUGAUGUUCCAUUUCAAAUACAAAUUACCCCUUAGUACAUUAUUUAUCUAUAGAAAGAUUUUUUAGUUUUUUUUUUUUUUUUUUAGACAAUAGACCAAUAUCUGAUCAUGUCUCCCUCAGCCUAUUUGAUUGUCCUACAAUAAGCCCACUCCCUAGCUACUUAGAGUGAAAUACAUGAUAGAUAUGGUAUGCAAACUAAAAUGAUAUCUGUUAUAAUUGAAAUAUAAACUGUUUAUUUAUGAAUAUAUACUUUCUGUCUUUGUGUAGUUCAGGCAUUUUCUGUCCAGUUCUACCAUCUGUACUGUUGAGUAGACUUACCUGAGGCACUAUUUACCACACAGUAAUACUAACAAAAUACUGUAGUUCGACAUCAUUACAGUCCUCUGGGACAGUCACUUUGUAUGUUGUUGUUUAUAUGUAUUUAAUUAUGGCGUUUGCUGACUUCUUACAACAUAAUAAAUUAUAUAGUAUCCAUGUUUGCACUUGUUUUCCUUUUCUCAUUGACUUGUUUUUGUCGUUAUAGAAACAAAGAGGAAGUAAGAUUAAACUAAAGAAGAUCUAAUAUAAGAUAUUCUUUGAAUGUUAAUUGAUAAAGAGGUGAUAUUCUGUAUCAAAAAGGAGAAACAAAACCUGUUGUUACUCUUUUAAAAUAAACUGUACAUUGUA